AUGUAAGGAGGUUGCUUCGUUAACGUUGGCGUUGGCGUCACCGCUAAACAGUUCUUCCGUUGACUGAGGCAAGAAGAUUGGGCUUUGGUUGUUUCUUCAAAAUCGCUUUAAGCGUCUUUCACGGACACGGUGUUAUCGUGCACCAAGUUGAUGACUCGAUAGUGUGGGGAUUAGUGGCUGUGCAAUAAAGGAAAUCGAACAACGUGAGAAAAUGUCAACGAAAGCAGGAAAGAAGAGCAAUAUAAGCUCAGCGAGUUCCAACGUACAGUCGCCACAAUUUACGUCAACGCCGAUCGGUCAGAGGCCGGGUAGUCCUUUAAGCCCGACCCGUUACUCUCGCCUUCAAGAAAAGCAAGAUUUACAGAAUCUAAAUGACCGAUUGGCCUGUUACAUCGAUAAAGUGCGACAUUUGGAAUCGGAGAAUUCCAGAUUGUCGCGGGAAGUUGAAACUACUAAGGAGACUAUCACCCGGGAAGUAACCAACAUAAAGGUGAUGUAUGAGCAUGAAUUGGCCGAUGCAAAGAAAUUAUUGGAUGACACUGCGAGAGAACGAGCAAAACUCGAGAUUGAUAGCAGACGACUGUGGGAUACGAACGACGAACUAAGAACUAAAUUAGAGAAAAAACUUGUAGAUUUACAAGUUGCAGAAAGAAAUUUGGCAUUGUAUGAAUCACGUUACAGUGAUUUACAAUCACAGUAUAAUCAUUCUCAAGGAGAUCGUAAAAAAUUGGCUGAGAGAGAGAAAGAAUUAGAAGAAGAAGUUGAGAAAUUAAAUGGGUUACUAGAAGAUGCACGUAAAAGCCUAAGUGAAGAAACUUUACAGCGUGUUAUUUUGGAAAACAAUAUUCAAACUUUAAAGGAAGAUAUCAAUUUUAAAGAUCAAAUAUAUCAACAAGAAUUAACGGAAUCAAGAUCAAAGCGACAGAUUGAAAUCUCAGAAAUAGAUGGCCGUCUUGCUGAGCAAUAUGAAGCCAAAUUCCAACAAUCUUUGCAAGAAUUGCGAGAUCAAUAUGAGGGACAGAUGAAAGUUAAUAGGGAAGAAAUUGAAUUACUGUAUGAAAAUAAGUUUAAAAAUUUAUCAGCUCAUGCUUUGCGCAAUAGUGGAGCUGCUAGUUUAGCUGUUGAGGAGUUGAGACAAACAAGAACAAAGAUUGAGGGUCUCAACCAAAAAAUUAAUGAACUUGAAGCUACUAAUACCGCUCUUAAUGCACGCAUCAGGGAUAUAGAAACUCUGCGUGAAAAUGAGAGGACACAACAUGCGGACAGUUUGGCAUCCUUGGAGGCAGAAUUAUCACGCAUACGUAAUGAAAUGUCUCAACAACUGCAGGAAUAUCAGGAUCUUAUGGACAUUAAAGUGGCUCUCGACUUGGAAAUUGCCGCAUAUCGCAAACUGCUAGAGUCUGAGGAAGCAAGAUUAAAUAUUCAUCCUAUGCAAUCUACUUCAGCUGCACCGAGUGGUAGAAGUACACCUUCAAGACAUACACCACUAAGAGGAGGAAAACGAAAACGUACUUUGUUAGAAGAAAGCGAAGAGCGCAGUAGUACUGAUUACAGUACAAAUGUGACAACCAGAGGGGAUGUAGAAAUUACACAAGCUGAUUCUCAAGGACGUUUUGUGAAACUUACUAACAAAGGCAAUAAAGAAAUAGGUCUCAGCGGGUGGCAAAUUAUUCGUAAAGCUGGUUCGUUGGAAACAGUAUUUAAGUUCCACCGUACUGCGAAAAUGGAACCAGGGGCAACAAUAAUGGUAUGGUCAUCAGAUACUGGCGCUAGCCACGAACCACCGUCAAAUAUUGUUAUGAAGAGUCAGAAGUGGUUUAUAGCAGAUACUAUGACAACGACACUUCUUAAUAAUGAAGGCGAAGAAAUGGCCACUUCAGAAUGUAAAAGACAGCAAUUGGCUACAGCUUCGACUCGGCAUAGAGAAAAUGUAGGUUUCAGAACUUCUGAGGAACUUCACCAUCAAGAGAGAAGAUAUCUCUACCCAAAUUAAGUGAGCGACCGAACGUUACUGAUGGGUCGAUUUAUGCCGAUCCACAGGGAGAUGAAUUUUGUAGCCUUAUGUAAAAAAUGUCCACAAAAGUAAUCUUAAGAUAAACAUAAUCUUAAGAAUAAUAACGUCACGUUUAAAAAUGCUUGAAAGGUACAGGAAGACAUUUUACGAGAUUCAAUUUCGAAUAAGUGAGUCUCCAGUUUUGUCAAUACAUACACACAUAUAAGAAAUGCAUACGAGAAAUGUCUCGAUUGAUAUAUAUUUUGCUUAAGAAAAUAAAGAUGAGAUUAAAAAAGUGAAAUUCACGACACCAUUAGUACUUCACGCAAUAGUACCUCUAAACUUGUACACGAAUUCAGUGGUUUUUGUACGUAUUUAGGAUUUCGUAUGGUUUGCAGUUCUUUCACGCUUCAAACGGCUUGCCUUAUAAAUGUACUGUUUAUUGCGAGAAGAGAGUGGGAAAAGAUUACAUAACUUUCCCGAUGAGAAUAUACAGGGUGUUCGAAAGAAAGCAUUCAUUAUUUUUAUAUGAUACGUAGGAUACACUGUACUGAGUAAGAAAGCCUUAGUAAACAUAGGUCAAAAGAUCAACCAUUUCUGAGAUAUAAACAUUUUUGUUUGCUAGUAUCAUGAUCGACUUACUGCUAAGCUGAAAGUAUGGUCUCUAUCUACAAACUAAACAACGCGAGGGACAAGGGGAAUGUCCGCUCCAACAAAUUCCUCUUAUUUUUUCAGGUUCUGAAUCAUUAUUGACCAAGGAAAUAAUACGAAGGGCUCGGGAACCGAUGACUUUUCGACCUAUGUUUACUAAGGCUAUUUUGCUCAGUGUGUCCUAUAUACCAUAUAAAUAUUGAAUGCUUUCUUUUGUAUACCCUGUAUAAAAGAAGAUAGGUAUGAUGUAAUUUAGUUAAAUAAUAUGAUUUUAUAUCGUGUAAAAACUUCGACAAUUACAAAAUGAUUUUAUAUAUAAAUUUAUCUACACCUACCGAGAAUUUUUCAAUUUAAUGGAGCUCAUACUAUUACAAAACAAUUCAAUUCACUUUGCGUGAGAUGCUUUAAGUAUCAUUUUCAUCAGGAAACUUUUUUUUAUGCUUUGAAAAGCUUUGACAACGAUUAAGAAAUACAGAACGUUCCUAUUAUGCACUUGUUUCGUAGUUAUCAAUUGUAAGAUUUGUAAAAUCAACAGAAAAGAAUGUCUGUAUACAAGUUUGGGGUAUUACUGUACUUUAAAAAUAUGUACAACGCAACAAGACAACUAUUCUGUAAUAUAUAAUGUUUGAAUCAAACUUAAUGAAAUGUUUCACGGUGAUUGAAACGACUUAUUGCAUUUAUAUACUUGCACAUCGUACAAAACUUGAUUUGUCAGUUACUAACAAAGAUACUAUUAUUUUGUUACAUAACCAGCUUCUGGAAUCUUUCUUAAUAAGACCGAAAUAUCUGGCGUAUCAUUUACUUCUACCUAGUCGUUAUCGUGCCUUUCAAAUGUAUAAAAAAAAGAAGUAAAGAGGUCCUCUGUCUUAGUAGGUGAUAGUAUUUAUUUUUAAGUACAAAACCCGGAUGUAAUAGGAGUGUGGUGUCUCUAUAAUAUCUAAACAGAUUCAACAUCUAGGAAAUAUCGUCUGAUACCUACACUGAUGUCGCUCCUGAGUUUUUCACAAAUUAAUAUAAUUCAAAAAGAGAAAGCAAUUAUGUUCAAUUGAAAUGUAUCUGCUCCGUCAUCCGGAACAUGAUUUUGUUAAUUGUAUUCGACUUUAUACCAUUUAUACUAAUAAUAAAAAUCUCUAAUUAACCACA